CUCGAGUUUUCCGUCUCAGGGCAGACGAAUGCUAGUGACAAUCGUUGUGUCAGGAGAAAGAGGUCAAAGAUACGAGGCGCGUUUUUCCCCUCCGAGUCGUCGGUGAUCUGAGGUGGAUGAGAUGGUUGUGCUUUUCAGACGGUGGUGGAUUUGCUUUGUGAGUCUCCCCUACCUCUGGUUAACGUCCUCGUAUAUAACAACUGUACCUAUUCAGGCUCAACGGAAUGCAGAGUGGAGGAAACCCCACUGCACUCUGCCAAUGAUCCUUGUUUGUCACCCUUUUAAAUUGAACGACCUGACAAAAUGCUCGCUCAGAGUCGUUGGUAUAUUUUGCGCUAGGUGGAUGUUUCAUCGGUCCACUAUUAUCUUCGACUGAACCCUUCAUGUUGGUUUGUAGAACUACUAUAA